GCGUCGCCAUGAACCGAGGGCAGAGGAACGCCCUCGCCAGGGAGGGGCCGCCCGCGUUUAAGGUCUUCGUGACAAGACUCCACCUCGACACGACGGACGAGCACAUGAGGUACUGCGUCCGAGAGGCGACGGGCGCGGACCCCGUGGCCGUGCACCGGAUCGCGCCCCGGGAGGGACAGAACUUCGUGUCCUACAAGGUCACGUGCCACGCGAGGCACAAGGAGGCGCUUCUGCUGCCGGAGACGUGGCCGCAGUAUUCCCGCUUCAGAGAAUUCGUAGAAAAGGUGGCAAUGCCUCCAGCGCCCGAGCAGCGGACGGCGGGCGAGCGGAGAAUCCGGGCCCAGUGGGAAUGACGUGGAUCCUCGCCUUCGUCCCAGAGUUGUCUCCUCUUUUCUUAUUUGUUAAGAUUUUGUACUCUAAAGGAUGUCUGACGUCAUCCCAUCAUCACCUCUGAAGAUUUAUAUAUCAUUCUGUUUGCAAGAUGCUAAAGACUCGGUAACUUUACGUCUGCAUUGCAUACUCAUGAUCAUUUCUAAUAUGAAAACUGAAUAUUAUUUGUAUGGUAAGAAUGUUGUUGUUGUUUGUAAUCCAUGACAAGGAAAUAAAUGUUAUAUAUACGACUACUA